UUUCCUCUCAGGCGUAACCACAGCCACCAAAUUCGACCAACUGAUGUAGUUACUUCUUUUCAUUUUUAGGGGAGGGAGGGGGUUGGUCGCCAAAGAUACUCGCUGUCAACAGAAACGGACUUUUGAAGUAGCUGGGACCUGGCGGCCUGUAGCCUGUAGCCUGUAGCCUGUAGCAUCGACAUUUGGCAUUAGCCUUCGGCUGUACCAGACGCGCGCAUUGUGGGAGUAGGUGCAUACGGCUUGAGCUAAAGACUUGUUCCAAUAAUUUCUCAGGUUGUCACCUUAUUUCUUGAUGGAUAAACGAAUUGAAUGCAACUUUAAUUUGAUCUUUCCUUUUUUUAGGAACAAAUACAACACCGGGGCUAAAUAAUGUUGAUAUUGCUGUUAUAAAAGUCACGAAUUUUAAAGGUCAUGAAUUGUAAAAGUCAUGAAUUGUAAAAGUUGGGAAUGUAAAAGUCAUGAAUUGUAAAAGUUAUAAAUGAUAUAAGAGUCAUGAAUUAUAAAAGUCAUGAAUUGUAAAAGUUAUGAGUUUGCCACUAAAUAUCUGCCUUGUAAAUUCACAAGAAUUAUCUGUAAAUUUACCAAUCCUACUUUCCAUUGGAAUCCUUAUGGGAGAGAAUCCAUUCAAUUUGAACACGAUCACUUUAGUGACACAAGCAAUGGAGAACUUAUAUAACAAAAGACUCGCCUCUAGUAUUCAACUUACGAAUCUUGAUAGGUGGACAAUGUAUGGCACGUAAUGUCACAUUUGGUGAUGCAUUCAUCUAGCUAAUAGCCUAGACCGCUGGCAGUGUGAUGGACAGUUCAAUGUAAAAAUAUAAUAUGCGUUAGAUGCUAUCCAGGUUAGCAGCAUGCGCAUAGUCUACUUGAAAAUUAAUCCGUAUUUUCGUGGACUUUGACAGAUCCGACAACAUGUCAUUUAAAACUCUAUAUAAAAUGUUGAACUAUACUGGUGUCAUUUGUAAAUCCUGAAUAGCAAAGAUAUAUAAUUUGACCAGAAAUGUGUGUGUGGGAUAUCUAUAAUGUUCCAUGUAUCUGAAGGUUGUGGAAAUUUCUCAAAAGUUCGCUAAUCGCUGUUGCUUUGGCUAGGGGCCUGUGAACUAUUUUCUUUUCUGAAAUACGGAGUAUAAAUAUGUUUUAAUCAAGAAAUUCUGGACUAAAUAAUUCUCUGGAUCUACCAGUCUCUUUUUUUACUACAGCCAAUUGGCACGUACUUAAUAUCUUAUUUAUCUUUUCAAUGGCGGACCAUUUGCUUACCACAAAUAGUAUAUAUUUAGUAAACAAAAUAAGUUUGAUUUUAUCUGGGAACUUUAUAAUAUAACAGCCUGUUUAGAGUUCUGAUUGUAAAGUAAUUCAUGCAGAAAGUAAGCCCUCUUAAGGUUACACCCAAGGCCACUUUUGGGUUGCGCCUAAAGCCCCAUUAGGGUUACGCCUAAAGCCCCGGUUACACCUAAGGCCCCCUUAGAUUUGCAUCUCAAGUCCUCUUAAAAUUGCACGAUUGUGAGAAGAUAAGUGCCGGGAUACUAACUAGAGAUAGUCAUUUCAUCGUAAGACAGCUCCUACAAAUAUCUUACUCAUCAUUUAGAACAUUGUGAAAAUUACGAUCACUGAGUAUAAUAUCCUUCACAGGAAGAAAAUGCACGUUUACCCGAACCUCCAUAAGUUGAAAUCUCAUACUAUCUGAAAUACUACAUGAAAUAAUAGUUGAAAAACUACCUGGGGCAAAGAAGUUAUUUCAAAUAUACCCCUGCAUAAGAAGUUUCAGUUUAAUUUUGAGAUCACUGCAGUACACAGGCCUUCCAUUUGUUGCUUCAUCAAUUUCAUCAUCAUCAUGUCCCUUAGUCCUUGGACUGUUGGGGCGCCAAAGAUGACAUGAAAACUAUCCUUCUCCAUUCCUCUCUGUUUUCUGCACUUCGCACAGCAUCGCCUAGUUUUAGUCCCGUCCACUCUUUCAUAUUAUCCUUCCAUCUUUUCUCUGUCUUCCUCUUCUUCUCCCUCCUCUCGUUGUGCCCUGCAUGAUUUCUUUGACGAGCCCUUGUUUUCUUGUCACAUGCCCAUACCAUUUCAUUGUGCGCUUUUUUACAGUCAUGACCAGGAGGUCACCGGGCUUCCCAACGGCUUGACGAAUCCUUUUUUUCACUUGUUCGUUAGAGAUCUGGUCUCUAUAACAGAUUCCAAGAAUGCUUCUGAAACAUCGCAUCUCCAUCGCCUUUAUUUUUCUUUCAAGUUCUGCUUUUAAUGUCCAGGACUCAGAGGCACACAAGAAAAUGGAGAGGCCUAAUGAGCGCAUCGAUUUAAAGGAUGACAAAGUUUGUUUCCUCUCUGACAUCGAUUCUAUGUUAAAGAGAUGAUAAAUGUCAUGUUGAAUUGACUAAUUUUAAUAAACGUUGCUCCCUUAUUUAGUUUUCCGUGGACUGCUGGGAGCAUUCAUUGCUUUUUAUGUGAUCAUUUUAUUUAACACUGAAUGAUGUUGUUCGUUUAUUGUCUGGACUUGGCUUCAUUUCUUCCCCCACCUCUAAACAGUGACGUCUUUCUUCAAAUACCUGUUCCUAGGUCUCCUGUAUGUUCUCUAUGCUCUCUCAUAAAUAUGAUCCUCACAUAAAUUGAAAAUGCAAUGAAAAAAAUCAUAAGCUUAUAUAAGGGUAUUUAUUCCCAUUUAAAAAAUUAAAAUAACAUCAAGUUUCUAGCGUAAUCUUUUGAGCUAUACAAUUUUAGAGUGUGGGAUAUUUUGUACGCUAAAGUCUUUGCCUCCUCAUUCUGUGAGCCAAGUGCUGAGUGUACAGCAAUGCCAAAACUGCUAUUAGUUUUUCGUUUAUUAUCCACGUUGGAUGUAUCUUGUGAUCCACCGUGUGUGUCAUAAAAUAAUAAGUUCAUUGAGCACUACGGAAAUAUUCCAUUGGUUUGCGGCCUUUUAAAAAAAAAAACGUGUUUAAAGAAAAGACAAAACUAUUAAAAACAUGUUUUUCACAGACGCUUUGCGUCAGGUCAUUGGUACAAGUUGUGUGCUUCUCUGCAUGCAAGUGUAACCAUCAUACAAUGCUGAUUUAUAUGCAUUCAAGUGUAACCUUCAUGCAAUGCUGAUUUCUAUGCAUGAAAGUGUAACCUACAAUCAAGGAUGAUUUCUGCAUGAAAGUGUAACCUACAUUCAAGGCUGAUUUAUAUGCAUGCAAGUGUAACCUUCAUUCAAGGCUGAUUUCUGCAUGAAAGUGUAACCUUCAAUCAAGGAUGAUUUCUGCAUGCAAGUGUAACCAUCAUUCAUGGGUGAUUUCUGCAUGCAAUUGUAACCAUUACUCAAUGCUGAUUUAUAUGCAUACAAGUGUAACAUUUAUUCAAUGCUGAUUUCUAUGCAUGCAAGUGUAACCUACAUUCAAGGAAGAUUUCUGAAUGCUAGUGUAACCUUCAUUCAAUGCUUAAUCUUCUUUCAAUCACUGUUUUAUUUAAUUCUUUCCAAUCGAUAACUAUAGCCAUGAACCUCAAAAAUGAAUGCCACAUAAAGCAUGACAUGGGGGAUUUGACAUUAAGCAUGACAUGUGGCUGGACAUGAGUCAUGACAUGCGGGCUUUGAAUUUGUUGAUUCAUGUUUUUAAUCAUUUCUCUUCCUGUCUAAUGGAAGCUUUUUGCAGUUCAAUGUUUUGUUCCGUUUUAUUUUAUAAAUGUUUUCCGAAAAUUGUGAUUUUUUUGUGAUUUUCUAUUUACUUGACAUAACAAAUGACAUAUCUUCAAGCGCUGGAACUUUAGGACAAACGCAGUGGCUGACGUCAGUUUCACUUCAAUAAAUAGAUCGAUGCUUUGUAUUGUCUAAUCUUUCUUUAAUGUAAGUCUAUUUCUUUGUCUGUUUCAGCGACGACCAAGUAGGCUAUUGAUUAAAGCAAGGAUUAAGUAGACAAGACAACACAAUGGGAGUCAAGGAUGGAUUCAUGGGAGCUAACAUUGCCACCAAAAUUGCUUUCUUUAUAACAUUUUUGGCCAAUGUGCUCAAGUAAGAAACGUUCAUUUCAGCUUGAACCAAUGAACAAAAUGAUAGGUUUCUUGAAAUCUAAAUCUUUUAUUCCCUUUCACCUUUUUAGAUUCAAAGAGAAACAUUUGUUUAACUCGAUCUUCUCUACAUAUAGUAAAAAAUAACAGCUUAAAUAGGAGAGGGGGGGGGGGGGGAGUUAUGAAACAAGAAUAAAAAAAAUAACUCAUUAUAAGAAUUUAAAGUAUGACUAACUAUUUCUUUUUGUCUUUAACAUUGAUGACUUUAUAAAUAUGUAACAAACAUAGAACAUUGAUGACUUUAUAAAUGUUUAACAUGUAACAAACACGGAUAACAACUUUUCAAUGCGUGAAUGCUUAAUACCACCAUUAAUAUUAGGACGUUUUAACCACUCCAGUUCAUCUUAAAACUUUCCCAUGUUAACGUCUGCAGUUGGAUUGCAUUCUGCACAACAUCUUGGACCGUGAUUGAAUCAGGGGAGGAAAAUUGGAUAGGUUUGUGGAGGACCUGUGCAACAGGAGGAUGCGCGCAGACGGAUGGUAGCUCAGAUGGUAGGUUGGAUAUGUUUGUGGAGGACUUGUGCUACAGGAGGAUGCGCGCAGAUGGAUGGUAGCUCAGAUGGUAGGUUGGAUAGGUUUGUGGAGGACUUGUACUACAGGAGGAUGCGCGCAGAUGGAUGGUAGCUCAGAUGGUAGGUUGGAUAGGUUUGUGGAGGACUUGUUCAACAGGAGGAUGCGCGCAGAUGGAUGGUAGCUCAUAUGGUAGGUUGGAUAGGUUUGUGGAGGACUUGUGCAACAGGAGGAUGCGCGCAGAUGGAUGGUAGCUCAGAUGGUAGGUUGGAUAGGUUUGUAAAGGGGGGGGGGUAUUUACCAUCAGCAUUCUCGUAGUUGUAAGGCAGUUCGUCAGAUGGUAGGUUUCAUAGAAGGAAAUCGAUAUUUCAAAAAUUUACAACUAUAACAUUUUCACAUUUUGGAAUAAAAAUGAAAAAAAUAUAUAUUUGACAGAUAGAUGCAACCUAUUUUACUAGCAGUUAUUAGUGGCAUGACAACUCUUGGUUCAGUAAGGACUCAUUGUGACCCUAGUGGAUUUAAAUAGACCAUAUUUAGAAUUUUCAAUAACAGUGUCAAUUUUUAAAACUCAAGUAAUAGCCAUCUAUGAAGUAACUGUUCAAUCUAGAUAGUCAAAGUAAUUGUUACAUACAAGUUACUGCUAAUCAUUUUCACCAUGGCUACAAAUUAUAGACAAUGAAAAGGUUACAUGACUAAAUUAUCUGGUGUUUUUUUUAAAUAGAUGAAGUUGAUGCAGUCCAAGCCUUCGCCAUCUUUGGUUUCAUCGCCUUGAAUGUAGGAUUUCUCCUGAUUGUUCUCUACAUGUUCUGGGGCAGCUGCAAGGGAAAUGCUGAGACUGGGAUAGCUUCUGCUAUCGUCCACUUCAUCUCGGGUAAUUAUUUAUUUUUAAUACUUAUGCAUUUAUUUAACAAUAGCUAAGCAUUAUUAAAGAUUUAAUAUCGACCAUAGGUUCACAAGAUGACCCAGUCUGUUUAAACUGGAUAUUUUAUUUUCUAAAAAUGCUUUCAUGUUCGUAUCUACAGCUGGCACCUGGCUCAUCUCUGUUGCUAUUUAUGGGGCCAAAUUUGACGACUUAUACCCAAACAGCAGAUUCGGCUACUCCUACGCCCUGGCGGUCUGCGCCCUGAUCUUGGCCCUGAUUAGUGGCAUCAUGAUGAUCAUUGGUGGCAGAGGCAACAGUUCAUAGUAAAACUUCCGGUAGCAAUCAACAUGAGGGCACUCUUAUUUCAUCUUUACUCAAUUCUCCCUGGACAGUUUUCAAACCUACAGGGGGAAAAAAAACACAGUCAAUGCUACCUUUAAAGUAGCAUUUCAAUUUAAGUUUACUCGUAUUUCUUGAGUUUUGUAACAUAAACAUCCAAUGAUAUACUUUAAUUAUAUGUUUUAAAAUAAAUGAUUUCAAUAAAAAUGUUCUUGAGAUCAAAUGUUCUAAGCUAUAACUGUUUAAUUAUUCGAUGUUAUGUUCACUAACUUCUUUACUGCUGACAUAAUCCCUGGCUGUCACACCGUCCUAUUUGAUUGUUUUGAUCACAUUCCACACAUGUUAUGGUUGAUAACAUUCUUCCCAUGUUAUGGUUGAUUGCAUGCAUGAACGCUUGAUGGAAAACAAUCUAAAUAUAGAUCAUCAUUGUCAGAGAAUUUUUCAGAGUACAAUUUUGCCUGAAUGACUGAGUGACUUCAUAAUUCAAUAGAACUGUCAAAUUAUCUGAUAUAUUUUUCUAACAUAAAGUUAAUACGAAAGAAUGAAUUUAACCGACACCCCCUCCCCGAGUUAAAGAGAUUUUUAUGACGUCAAGCAACCAGUAUCCAGGUUGUAGUAUCAGCUGCGAGUGGAUAACGUUGACAAAAGUCCUACCUGUGUUUGUAUCACUAUUGGAUUAUUGUACAUCAAAUUUUUACGACUCAAAUAUCAAUAAAUCAUCUAUGAGUUAAGAAAUGAAUCUCUAUAUACGUGAUUUUUUUUUAACCUGAACAUCAUGUAAGCAAGCAUGUAAAUAUCCCCACUACACUGAAAUAUUAUUUCAUUGUAGGCACAUUCCCCAGCUUGUAAUGCAUG